ACAGUUCAAGCGGAUGCUGAAUAAGGAACUAUCACAUCUUAGCGAAUCAAGCAAAUCUGGCAACCAGAUAUCUGAAUAUAUUAGUUCGACUUUCUUAGAUAAACAACAGGAGCUGGAUAUCCCCUACAGUAGAGAUGAUUCGGAUAUGCAUAACCCAAGCUCACUUUCCCGAAGCCGGUCGCCCCGGAUGGGUGAACGGAUGUCCCAGAUAUCCGGCUUCAAGCGACCGUUGCAGCAUACGAAUUCUUUCACCAGUGAUCGAUUGCCGCAGUACGGAGUCGAUACGCCACACGAACACCAGUUGGGGCCGGUUCUCAACCAGAUCGACACCUGGGGCAUCGACAUUUUCAGAAUCGAAACUCUAAGCAACAAUCGACCGCUGACCUGUGUAGCUUUUGCUAUCUUUCAGGAAAGGGACAUACUGAACACUCUUAUGAUACCAUCCAAAGUUUUUCUAGCGUUUAUGACAACCUUAGAGGAUCAUUAUGUUAAGGAUAAUCCAUUUCACAACUCACUGCACGCAGCGGAUGUGGCGCAGAGCACUCACGUUCUGCUGAACACGCCGGCCCUAGAGAAUGUAUUUACUCCGUUAGAGACCUGCGCAGCACUAUUUGCCGCCUGUAUACAUGAUGUUGAUCAUCCAGGUUUAACCAAUCAGUUUUUAAUUAAUUCAAGUUCAGAACUAGCAAUUAUGUACAAUGACGAGUCCGUACUAGAGAAUCAUCAUUUAGCAGUUGCAUUUAAACUCAUGCAAAAUGAAGACUGCGAUAUAUUACGCAAUAUACAGAAGAAACAACGUCAAACGUUUAGAAAGAUGGUUAUCGAUAUGGUGCUAUCAACGGAUAUGUCAAAACACAUGACAUUGCUGGCCGAUCUGAAAACAAUGGUGGAGACUAAGAAGGUUGCGGGAUCUGGAGUUCUACUAUUAGAUAAUUAUACUGAUAGGAUACAGGUAUUAGAAAAUUUGGUACACUGUGCUGAUCUCAGCAAUCCCACCAAACCAUUACCCAUGUACAAACGAUGGGUUGCCCGGCUGAUGGAGGAGUUCUUCCUGCAGGGCGACAAGGAACGGGCUGCCGGUAUGGAUAUCAGCCCAAUGUGCGAUCGGCAAAACGCGACAAUCGAAAAAUCGCAAGUCGGCUUCAUCGACUACAUUGUGCAUCCAUUAUGGGAGACGUGGGGGGAUCUUGUGCAUCCUGAUGCGCAGGACAUUCUCGACAUGCUGGAGGAGAAUCGUGAUUACUAUCAGAGCUUAAUACCACCUUCGCCACCUUCACUAGAUGAAGCGGAAGAUAAGAUUCGUUUUCAGAUGACGCUGGAAGAGGAAAGUGCUUCCGAAAAUGAUGAUUCAAACCGCGAGGAUAAGCCCUAGAAAAACUGCACAUCAUCAUCACCCCUGCUGUUCCCUGUCAUAACGAAUAUACAUUUAAUCAAGAACUUUACAGAAAUUUAGGCAUAUACUCAUCGCACUUAUAAUCAUGUAUAAAAAUCAGUACCCAAAAAGGAUGAAAAUAGAACACGGAAGGAGGUUGCUGGCAAAUCGAUACAAAGCAAAACAAACCAAAACAAACAAACAAACAAACAAACAAACAAACAAGCAAGCAACAAUAACACACAUGGACACAUACAUUAACAAACAAACGUACACAUACACAUACACGCGUUGGGGCUGGCUCCCUUCGCUUAAUAUAUUUAAUAAUGAAAUUGUAAUUCGUUAAUAAUUUAUUAGUUGAAAGAAAUUUUAUGAGCAACAAAGUUUUGUACGAUAAGUUACUUUAUUUUUGAUACGUCUGAGAUGUAUAUGUUGAAACCAAAAACAAAAAUUCAAAUGAAGCAAACAUACACACCACACGAAUAGCGAAAUUUAUAUCCAAACCAAAAAGCAUAAUUUUAAAUUGUAGUAGUACUAAGUACGUGACUGGGAGGGACAUAACGGUCUGCUGGGAAUUUCAAGGAAAUAUUCAGAUCGCCUCCCACAAAUAGUGGUUUUCUAAGUUUUAUUACUUUAUUCUGUAACUACUUAAAGUGAUUGUGAAAGGAAAGCAAAACCCUGUCGAAUAGAUGGCUAUAAUUUGCUGCGAUUAUUUGUUGACAAGUGAUCCCAUGUUUUUUAUGCCAUGCUUCUGUUUUGUGGAGAUAUUUGUGCAAUGAUAACCGGCAACAGAAGAGCAACAAAUGGCAAGCGAAUUCGAGUUUAUGUUGAGCCAGAGGAGAAUCGAUGAGACACAAUAUAAAAUGAGAACAAAUAUAACGGUUACAAAACUGAUGAUAUUAUACGGUAAAACAGAAGAAAAACUAUCUUAGGAUAUAAGUAGUUACUAAAUAGAAGCAAUAUCAGAGCAAGGAAGAAACAAAGAAAAGAAAGACGAAAGACAGAUUCUAUUUUAAAAGAUUGGAAAUUGAUUCUCAUUGUGGGUUCAUUUCGCAUGUUGUCUAAUCCAAGCAGUUCAUUCAAAUGUUAAGUUGCUCCAUAUUUCAAACUCAUACGAAUAUCGAAAGUCCAAAAGAUAAAUUGGCUACAGCGUGUGGAUAGAAUCAUUAUCAUACGAAGCAAAUGACAUUCGAUAAUCGAGUAGUAAUCCAUCAACAACACAAAUAUUCGAACGACAUUUUGCGUUACGAAGAAGCUACUUUCCAAAAGAUUGCUGUCGUGAUAUAAUUUCGUGACAGCAAACUGACGUUCAUCUCUGUUCUACAAACACAUAAAUUCUAAAACGCAUUCAGUCAUCAUCGAAAACUGUUGUCGAAAUCGUUUAUUUACGCAUAGAUUCAAUCCAGUUUAUCUACAGAAACAAAACAAAACAAAAAACACACAGCCACUGCAACAACAUAAAAAUCAAGAAUGCGAUCGAUAGUGUAGUAACGUGUAAGAAUAGCAGUCAAAUCUGUCUCGAAGCGGAGAACCUUCAACAAUUAGCGAACAAGACUAAUUAAUAAAUAAUUUAAAAUAAAAUGAACAAAACCAAACAAAAUUAAACAGAGAAUCAUACAAACUGUCUGAUAACGCUAGUAAUUAGUGAAAUAUUGAUGUGUAACUAGUUUCGAGAGUUAGCAAAAGAGACAAAAAAAAAAACAA